UGGGUGUGAACUGACAAUUAGCUCCACCUCUAUUCAGAUAUGAAUCACAAUUUAAAAAGUCUCUUGCUUCAAUGCCAAAAGACACUGAGAAACAAAUCUACAUUGCCUGAAGACUCCUCAUUGGAACUAUGCAAAGAGUUUGAUAAAAUACAGCUAAAGGAAAACUCAUUAAUGCUGUCUAGAUCAACACCAUAUUUAAAUGACAUGCUUCAAGCACUUAUUGAUCUAUUACCAAUUCCAUUAGCCUCAACUGCAAGAACAAGACUUAUGUCAACACUGAAUACGUUUUCUGCAAACAGUUCAUUGAAGGAUUUAUUGGUAGAUGAAUAUGAUAUUAUAUCUGUUCUAGUGUCAAUAUUACCUUCACUUCAGGAUCAACCGCUAAAUACAUGUCUUCAAUUACUUGUCAGUCUCACCCAAGGAAUAUCCUCCUCUAAUUAUAUCUCACUACAUGGAAAAGAAUGUGAACAACUUAUGAAGUAUUGUGUUUCAAAAGUGACUGCUGGAUGCACACAACCAUUGCUGUAUCUUGAAAUUUUGAUUAAUAUUUGCUCUGGCAACAUUUCAGCUCAAGCAUGGCUUAAGAGAUUGCCUGGCUAUGAUUUGUUUCAACAUAGCCUGGUGUCUUUUUUAAGGGACAAAAAUGUGUCUGUAAUAAUAGCAUCACUUCAUUUACUAGCUAUUCUUUCUUUAAAAGAGCAACUUGGGAGCAAGAUUUUUAAACCAGCUAAUAUUGAUCAAACAUUGCAUUUAAUCUUAAGUAUUGUGUGUACAAGUUUUGAUACUAGUACUGUUGGACAGGCUAUUGGUUUAUUACAGUUGUUAUUGUCAUCAUCUCAAGAAUUUCAGAAAUUAUUGGCACAAUAUCCCCAACUCAAUCAAUGCUUAGAUAAAGGAUUCAGGAGACUAUCUGAAGUUAAUGGAGACAUUGCUACUAAGAUUUUAGAUUUAUUCACUUCUUUGAUAACUUCAACACCAGAGCUAUCUCAUUUAGUUUUGAGUAUUUUGCUGAAAGAUGACACUUCUUGUGAUGAUAAAGUACCAAGUCCUUAUUUAAAUUUAAUGGAAUUACUGAAGGAGGAAGAAAUAAGUUUUGCCAAUGCUGUCAGUACUGGAUUUCAUUUCAUUUAUUUGCUGCUAAAGGUACCUCAAGCUCUCAAUAGGAUGGCACAUUUAUCUGCUGAGACCCAUUCUUUGAUCAGCAUAAUUAAGAGACUCUUUUUAAUUGACUGUAUGCACCAAAGCCUGAGUGAAGAGGAGCUAUUUAUAGGCUUGCAAAAGCAACAGAAAGCAAUAGCUGUAUUAUCCAUGCUCGUUAGCUCAGCUUGCACAAGAAAAGCUGUUUUCUCUGUUCUAGAUGUUUCUGUGUUACUAAAGUUUAUAGAAGAUCUAUUGAUGCACAGCGUAUUGAUUGAUGGAGUGCAUCAACACAUACACAAGGAACAAAGCAAUCUUGUAGUUAGUGUCACUGUAGCUUCCAUUUUCAUACUGACAUCUUUUCCUUUUGAAGCUAAUUCUAGUCUACAGACAAGGAUUGUUUCACUGAUGUCUGAUAGUAGACUCCUUUCUGUUUUAUCUCGUGCUUUAUGUGGGAAUAAGAAGGAAGACAUUUUUCUUGCUAUAUCUAUUAUAUGUUCAGCUUAUAACACAGCUUUGCAACUAGAAAAUUUUAGUGAGGUACAUGCUUCUUCUAAUACUUUUAAUGAACAGUGCUUUGAACAAUUGCUGCCUUCUAAAGCACCUAGUUCAUUAACAUCAGUAAGAAGUCACAAGGCUUGUGAUUCUAAACAAUUAGAUCAAUUAAUUGAAAAAUUCAGAUCAUGUGUUGAGAUUCAGGAUAUUCGUGCUUCUGAAAUAAUGGGUAUAUAUGAGCACAAACUACAAACUAUGAUGUCCAAGGAAGGUCAUCUUCAAGAUCUAAUUGAUGCCAAAUCACAAGCAAUACUGCAAGGUGAUCGUUUGUUGAAACAAUAUAGGACAAAAAUGGAUCACAUUGAUUCUGAGUGUCAUAAGCUUAGGAAGUUACUGCAGGAGACGGAACAGGAUAAUGAAACUCUUAAGGAUAAGAUUUUAGCUUUAGAGAAGGAGCAUUUAUCAAAAAUCGAAAAUUUUGAAAGGGAAAUAGUACAUCUAAAACAAGAGAUUGAUGAACUAAAAGUUGUUUAUUCUAAACAAUCACUAAAACUUGAAGACACAGAGAGCAAAGUAAUGAAGGCAAUGAAAGAAAUAGAAGAACAGCAGUCAAGAAUAACCUCACUUAACGACAUAAAAGUUGACUUAGAGUUACAAAUAGCUACGAAGAAUACUGAAUUAGAUGAUCUUCUUUGUCAAAUUAAUACUUGUCAGUCAUGUCUGAAGUCACUGCAGAUUGAACAUGAAAACCUCAGAAGCCAUGCAAAUGAUCAGAUGAUGAAACUGAAUGAUUUAGAGAAAUCCAAUGCUACUUUGGAAGGAAAUAUUAAUGAGCUCUCUCAACAACUAACAUUAGCUCAUAAUGAAAUUGAUAUGUUAACUCAACAGAAAAACAUUAUUGAAAGUCAUAACACUCAAUUGCAAAGUGAAGUCACAAAAUUAAAGGAAAAGGAAACUGAGUUGGAACAUAAAAUUGCUCAGCUAAGUGGAGAAGUUGAUCUCUUUUCUGCUGUUAAAACUCUGAUAAACAGGGGCCAAGUCUCAAAUAGCACAUAGAUCUAAUUUGACUUUUAAAAUAAUGAUUAAGAGAUUAUUGUCCUGCAUGUCUCCAGUCACAAAACGCAAACAAUUUGUAUUUAUAAAAAUAACAGUGAGUAUUACAAUUAAAUCUAAA